AUGUAUGAAGAUUCGGACCAGGAGGUUUGGAACGAGAAGACGAAAGAACGUCUAGCGAAACUCCGUGCCGAAUAUAUGGCCAAGAAGGAAACUGAAUCACCACUUGUUCCAACAAAGCGUAAUACAUUGAAUAAAGCUAAAAAAAGCACAGAAACUAAUAAAAAGCAAAAGUCUUUGAGUGGAAUUUUUGAAAGACGAGUGACAAACGCGUCAAACAAUAACUCUUCUCAACCAUCAUUGAGACUUUUUGAUAAAAAUAAUGGCAAUACAACUACAAAGAGUCCUCUUAAAUCAAUUCAUGACCCGGAAGAAAAUGCCGCUAUUACCGGUUUCAAUGUUCCAAAUGAAAAUUCCGAACCAUUUUUCGUUCCCAUUGAACCGUACAGCUCAACAACCGAUACGAAAGGUAUACGGUCCGAAAAGAGAUCGAUAACAACAAUGGAUCAAGUGAUCAGUACGUCAAAAUCGAAUUAUUGGAAUUCACUAGACACGAAACUAGCUUCAAAAGUGAAUAUCGUUGGAAUUGGAGAAAGAUUAAAUAACAAUCUUGUAACCGAAAUAUCGGAAGAUGCAUCGCUUAGGACAGGAUAUAGGCUACAUCAAUCGAAUACUGAAUCUGCCCUUUAUGUCACCAAAUGCCUCGACUAUCCUUCGUCGUGCACAACGACCUCGGAGAAAGAGAUCAAAUCUGUCGUUGAAAACCAUAACCUCGAAAUGGUUGAUGUUAAAGUGGAAACUAGGGCGAAUGAAAAUAAGGCGGGCCUCGAAGAUUUUACCAUCAAUAUGCAUGAUGUUAAAUUUGAAACUGUAUUUGAUACGAAAGAAUUGGCGAUAAAACCGGAUUUAAUCUUUGCGAAGUCUGAUAUUAACGUUUUCAAUGCUGCUGUGGAGUCAACCUCAACGACUGGAGAGUCUUCUGAAACAAAAUUAUCUCGUGAUAUCAAAGAUCCCUCUGUAUGGAGUGAGAUAUUUAGUUAUAAGGAAAAAAUUUCAUCCGAAAAUGGACCAUCCGAAAUUAGGCAAACAUAUCCUAUAAAGAAUGAAUCGAAUAGCAAGAAUUCGAAUAUUUACACGAAACCAAGCAAAACUGUUCCUUUUUAUAAGAGAAUUCCAGGCACGUAG